AUGCAUGCAACUGAUGAUAGAACAUCAAAUAGUGUUGUUAAUCAUGAAAAUAUUGUCGAUCAAUUACAACAAACAAAUAAAGCAUUGGCAGACAAUGAUAGUUCAAAUCGAACAAACAGACAUAAAAGUCCUGAAUCAUCCUCGACAGAUUCAACACAACGACCAUCAUCGCCAUCGACUAUACCAGCUGCUCCAUCUACAUUUAAUUGUAUGUGGAGGUGAUUUUCAAAAAGUUAUUUAAUUCUUAUACGUCUGAUUGAAGAAUUAAUUAAUCAAACAAAUAUUAUUGAACUUCAUAUUAAUGUAACAAAUGAUUGGAUUAAUAUGAAUACAAUAAAAGUUAUUAUUCAUAUCGUAUGAAUGUAUAUAUUCAUACGAUACAAUGAAAGAAUAAAAUCCAAUGAUUUAUUUCAUAUUAAUUCUUAUACAGGUUCAAUAACUGUUAUUAAUUCAUUAGAAAAUUCAUCAAGUCAAAAACAUUUACUAACAAUUAUUUAUCGUUAUGAACAUAAUUAUCGUAUAGCAUUGACAAAUUUACAUAUAAAUAUUUUUACACAAGAAAAUUACUUAAUUGUAUUUGAGGGUGUGGGUGUGGGUGUGGGUGUGGGUGUGGGUGUGGGUAUGGGUGUGGGUGUGGGUGUGGGUGUGGGUGUGGGUAUGGGUGUGGGUGUGGGUGUGGGUGUGGGUGCUGUCUUCUUUCCGUUCCCACACCCACACCCCCACCCAAACCCACACCCACACCCACACCCCACACCCACACCGACAUCCACACCCACACCCAUCCACACCCACCCACACCCACCCACACCCACAUCCACACCCUCCUAUGAUGAAAGUAUUACAAGAUGUUUGAAAAAUGCAAAAUCGUGUGCUGGCCUAUGUUAAAUGCUAGGAUAUUGAAAAGAUCACAUUAGUUGAUCCAGAUUG